GAGUGUGCAGUCCUUUAGAGCCAACACAUCACAAACUGAAACCAUGAUGGGAAAGAUCAUCUUCUACGAGGACAGGAACUUCCAGGGUCGUUCCUAUGAGUCCAGCAGCGACAUGAGUGACAUGUCCACCUACCUGAGCAGGUGCCACUCCUGCAAGGUGGAGAGCGGCUGCUUCAUGGUCUAUGACCGCACCAACUACAUGGGAAACCAGUUCUUUGUGAGGAGGGGCGAGUACUCCGACCACCAGCGUAUGGGCAUGAGCGACUGCAUCAGGUCCUGCCGCAUGAUCCCCAUGCACCGUGGCCAGUUCAGGAUGAAGAUCUACGAGAGGGAGAACUUCGGCGGUCAGAGCAACGAGCUGAUGGACGACUGUGAGAACAUGCAGGAGCGUUACCGCAUGUCCGACUGCCAGUCCAGCAACGUGAUGGACGGCCACUGGCUGAUGUACGAGCAGCCCAACUACAGAGGCAAGAUGAUGUACCUGAGGCCCGGAGAGUACAGGAGCUUCAGGGACAUGGGCAUGAGCGGCACCAGGUUCAUGAGCAUGAAGCGCAUCAUGGAUUCCUGCUAUUGAAGCACCCGUGUAUAAAAGCAAGGUUUUAAAUAAAAUCUAA